UUUUGUAACAGGAGACUAGUGAGGAUACUGACGAGAUGGAUCUUGAACAGUUCAAGGUAAGUCUUUCCUAAUUAUUGGUUUGAGUUUCCAAUAAGACGUGACUCCUGUCUAAUUACUUGCCUUUUCUCCCUCCCUUAUCCACCUUACUCGAUGCAUCCCAGAUCAAGCAUUUUUGUUACUGGUCUCCUCCAGAUCUAGUCCAUUUUGUUGGUUAAUUUGCAUCUAAACCAUUUUGCAGUGCCCUCUUUUCUAGAAAUCGAAUGCAUCUAAGUGUUCAUAGUCCUUAUAAGAUAGUUAAUUAUUUUUCUUUUUGUCAUCUGAGUGGAUCCAAAAUUGUAGAGUUGCUGGAAGACUCCAUGAUGAAUUAACCUUGCACACGAAAAAUGUGGUCAUGAUCAUCCUUCUAUGCUUAUAGCACCUCAAGAUCUUCAUGCACAUGUUCAGCUCUUAACAUACACCAGUACUUGUUUGUGGCAAGUGAAUCAUCUAAUUUGCAAAUUAUUGACAUAUUCUUGGUCAAAGAUGAAUUUAAGAAAUUAUAUUCUAAAUCAUAAUACAUAUAUUUGUCUCACUCUAUUGUGGUUAAAGUGUUGAUUUGCUUUUUGGUCGUUUGCGUUUAGUUAAUCUAAUGAAAGCCUUUUGUCUAAGAUGCUAAUGUUUUGUGUGAUCAUUGAACAAAUGCAGAUCUUUGUCAAUAUACUCCAUGGCAAGACUAUCACUCUCAAGGUGACAGGAUCAGAUACGAUCUAUGAUGUCAAGGCUAAGAUUCAGGCAAAGGAGGACAUCCCUGCAUGCCAUCAGAGACUCAAAUAUGAAAACGAGUUGCUGGUGGGCAGGUGCACCCUAGAGCAUUAUAACAUGGAGGAGUCGUCUACCCUCACCCUUGACCUCGUCACCCAUGGGAUGCAUAUCUUUGUCAGGACAUUGACAGGCAAAAUCAUGACAAUUGAGGUUGAGAGAAAAGAUAGCAUAUACAGUGUGAAUGCAAAGGUUUUCGACGAAACCGGCAUACCCCCAAGCAGAAAACGUCUCGUCUUUGCUGGGCAUGGGCUGGAGGAUGUCCGCACCUUGGUUGACUAUAACGUGCAAAAUGAAUCUACCCUUCAUGUUGAGUCGUGCCUCCGAAGAAGAUGCGGGAUGCGUAUCUCGGUAAAAACGGUAACUGGGAAGAGCGUCAUUGAACAUCUGUUUACGCACCGAAAACCCAUUGACAGCAUAAAAGGGCGGAUUUACUCUGAGUUGGGCAUUCUCCCGGACCACCAGCAGCUCUCUGACGAGCGCGGCCGCCCCCUGGUUGAAGAGUUAUGCCAUUCGCGCACCACCACCGUUCUUCUGCAGAUCUGUCCUCCUGGUGGUCAGUGA